GCACAGAAUAAACAAAUGUCGCUGCAGAGAGGAUUUGAGUCCACUUGGAUCACAACUCGCUCCCGUGGCCCGUUUUUGCAGCUCAUCCACCUCACCUCAGUCCAUUAUAUCCGCUCCCCCGCCCCCCUCCACGCCACCAUGAGGACCGCCGUGGUGGCUGUUGCCAUGGUGAUGUUGUGUACAUCGAUGGCGAGCAGGGAUGUGAGGCCGCAGAGGGAUUUCAACUUGCAGAGGUUUGCAGGUAGGUGGUACCGCGUGGGCCUGGCGUAUGACUCGGCAAGCUUUGUCCCGUACAGAGACAAACUGAAGGUCUCCCUGGGUGUCGUCACAACGCAGGCAAACGGCAACGUUAAUCUCACAAUGUGGGACGCCACGCCUGCAGGAUGUCAAAGUAAAAUGUACUACUAUGAGAAAACAAAUCUUCCAGGACAAUUUACAUACUUUAGUACACGUCACAACAUGGUGAAGGACAUCACUGUUGUGGACACAAACUACAGUGAAUAUGCAGUGGUGCUCAAACACAAAGUGUUUCAUAGAGAGUACACCCAGGUGGCCCUCUAUGGUCGCACACCCAGAGUGAGGGUUGACGUCAUUCAGAAGUUUAAAGCCUUCGCUUUAUCUCGAGGAUUUCCAAGAGAAGCCAUUCUCACUCCGCCGCUAGCAGAUAAUUGCCCUCCAUCACCUUCUGGAUAAGUGAGUUAAUUGAUAAUCAAAUAUUUAAAUGCAUGAGGAUUCAUCAUGUAUUCAGCACGUCUUCACUAUGUGUGUUAAAAUCUGCAGGUCCCUUGUUGCUUCUCCAUUGUAUUGACUUGGCCUUUUACCUGCCAUCAGUUACUGUAAACACCUCUCUUUCAAUAAUAACCUGACUAUGAGAAUGAUGAUGUAAACAAAUCUGCUGGUUCACAUUUCCAUAAAUAAAUCAUUUACAGAUUACAACACUA